UCCACCAAAUAUUAUACAAAAGAAGAAGUUUCAAAACAUUGUUCAAAACAUGACUUUUGGACUAUUUUUAGAGAUAAAGUAUAUGACUUAACAAAAUUUUGGAAAGAACACCCAGGUGGAGAUAUAAUAUUGGAGGGCGCAGGUAAAGACAUAACACUUCUAUUUGACGAUAUAGGUCAUAGCGUAGAUGCUGAAUUGUUACUAAAGAAAUAUUAUAUUGGGGACCUAAAAUAA